AGGUGUAUAGGCUGAAGCAGCCAUAUUUACCACUUGGAUGUUUUAAACAUAAUAUUAGGAUUUAACAAGGAGGAUGAAGACAAGACACCAUGAUUAUGGAGCCUGGGUAGUGGACAAGGAAGGACGCCGUAAGGUCAGACAGAGUACUGGGUCAAUUCCAUCCAGGAUUAACCAAUCAGAAAGCUCCGCAGAAUCUGGCUAUGGAGAGUUCAGCUCCGAUAGUCAAGAGGAUGAAUUUCUUGCACCCCUACCCGUAGCGACACCCUCAAAUUCUAGGCAGGCACGGAGAAGAUUACAACUCCAGGGAGCUGCAACUGCACCUGCUAAGCAACAGCGUCGCAGACGCACCAUAGCAACCACAUCAAAUACAACAAGCAGUCAAAAUACAUCGAUUACAUCACAAUCAGAUAACACAAUUAGAGAAUCACAACAAAGGUUUAACCAAUUAACUCAAGGGGAAGAAAUUCAAGUUGAAAAUGUUCAAACCCAGGAAACUUUAACCCAGACUCCAACUAAGGAUGGGAACAUAUUGGGCCGGGUGCUGGAAAGUGUAGGGAUCAGAUCUGCCACUAGAAAGCUAUAUACACCCAGUGCUAAUAUACAAGAGCUACUGGCUGAUAGUGAUUUUGACAGCCGUCCCAAGACAGACUACACUUAUUCUUCAAGCGUAAGUUACAGACGUCUUACUCCACCAAGUAGUGACUAUCUCAGUCCGAACAUGUCACGGCGAGGACUACGUUCCAGCAGAGGGGAAACCAUCUCAUCUUCUUCUAUCAUAUCAAUUUCCAGAACAGAUUCAGACAUCGCUGCUAGCUUAUCGAGAGAUGUCACUUCUAGUACAACCAGAUCAAGCUCACGACACACUAGGUCUCGCUCCCGUGGCCGCACCACUGAAAGUGAUAGUCUCUCACGUACAGAGAAAAACAACACACCAACUACACGUCGUACAUCCUCACGUAAUCUAUCAUACAUUGACAGUGUAGAUUAUGAUCAAAGAUCUGCCUAUUCAUCCCAGUCUAGAACCUCCAAGGCUGUUACAUCAGACACGUCGUUAAGUAAUCUCUAUGGGCUGGAUAACACUGAUGGUGAAUUCUCAGAUACUGAAUCUUCAACCUACCGUGGUAGUUCAUCGAGUAGAUCUACCAGUCAAAGUUCAAGAUCAAAUUAUGGAGUGUCAUGGUGGCGAAGAGUGUGGCUGUUCAUGGUUACCAUAGUAACUACUGUGACAAUGACCACAGGUAACAUUGUCUCUGGUGCUAUAUUAGGAGUGGCUCAUGGUGCUAAAUACAUAACAGGAACCUUGGGGUCAUCUACAUCAACUAUAGCUUCUGCUUCACAGUCCGGCACUAGCACAAUAUUCCACACCAUCACCCAUCUCCUAAGAUCUCUUAUCCAGCGUUUCACCACCAUCUUCUAUCUCAUUGCCUUAUAUGGAGAUGCAUUUAUCAUCAAGGUUCAUCAUAGCAUUGCAGGAAUUUUCCAAAAUAUUUGUUCCGUGUAUGAAACAGGUAGAAAUUGGUUUAUGUUUCAAUGUUAUGUUUUGUUUAGUAUGUUUGUUACCAUGGUGACAGGUGUGUGUCAGUUUGUGUUCAAUUGUCUGAAUGCUGUCACUAAUGGGGGGUUUUCUGCAAUUAUGGCAAUAUUUUCAACUUUGUACGAUUCAGUCAUUUCCCUUUUUACAUUCAUAACCUCAGCGGUUGUCUCAGGAGCUUCAUCAAUCUCAGGUUUUAUUGUUUCUUUUUUCACUGGAUUAUUCAGUGCAUGUUCAAGUUUUGUCGCAAUGGUGUUCAUUUCUCUUGCUAACUUUGUAUACAAUGUGGUAGGGGGUACAUUCAGUGGAUUCAGAAGUGGAGUAAGUCUCAUUGGAAAUGGGAUUGAAUGGUUCGUCACAAAUGGGUUGAUUUCUAUUGGUAAUGUACUAUCUUAUGUUGGGAUAGGAAUUGUGUCAUUAGUAUCAAGUGUUGUAUCUGCAAUAGCCACUGUUUUGCAUACAGUCACAUUUGGUGGUGUGAGUGGGGUCAAGAAUGGCAUUUUAACAAUUGGAAAUGGAUUCUCAAAUAUUGCGACAAAGAUGUUCACGUCAGGUUCAACGUUUGUUUCAAAGGUGUGUACAGCAUGGGGAGAGUGUUGUUCUUAUGUUGUAUAUGGUGCAAUAGAUUUUAUUUCAUGGGUGUUCAGAUCAGUUGGCUACGGAUUGACAUACUUGGUUUAUGGUGCAGCUGGUCUUGUUUCAUCUGUGUUCAGGUCAGUUGGAAAUGGAUUGUCAUAUUUGGUACUUGGUGGAGCAGCAGGGAUGAAAAGUGGUGUUGAAGCCACAGGAACUGGAUUAAGAUCUGGUGUAGGAUCUAUUGCUGGAGCUAUAGGAACCACAUCAUCUAGUCUUGUGAGCACAACAUACAACAUCCUAAAAACCAUACUGGAGUACAUAUUCACUGGAAUCUUCUUGAUCCUGUAUUCAAUCUUUGCAUUGAUUCGUAAGAUGUUCCAAUAUGUCGUUUACAUCUUCACACAAGGAUGUCAUUCUGUUGGGCUGUUUGCUGAUUACACUGUGGAGACCUCAAAAUCAGCAGUUUCCACGGUAACCAGUGUCACAUCGGAAGGUGCUAAACUGGUUGCAGAGUCAGCAACACAUGCUGCGGGAAGUGUAACAUCUGGGGCACAAAACAUGGCUACACUUGCUGCAGAUACGGUACAUUCUGGUACAGAGUCAGUUAUCCAAUCAGCUGCAAGUGCGGGAGGUGCAAUCACCACCGGUGCUGCAGCCGUUACUGGAACUGCAUCAUCUGCAGCCAAGUCUGUACGAAAAAGGACAAAGACUGCAGCCGGUGCUGUAAAAUCUGGAGCUAAAAGUGCUAUUGGUGUGGCAGAGUCUGGGGCAAUAGGUGCUCUGGGGGUUGUUUCUACUUCCUCAUCUGGGCUGGCAGGUGGUAUACAGAGUAUUGUUAGAAGGAUUGGGACUUGGUUCUAUAAAGUCAUCACCACAGUUACAACAUGGGAUGUCUGGCUACUAUACAGGUCUAGAGAAAGGCGAAGAGGGUGUUGUCUAUGCCUACUACCACUAUUGCUACUGAUUCCUCUACUUGGGGGUGCCUACUAUUCUACUAACAGUGAGGAGUCAUGGCUAGCUGGAGGCAUACUGGACUCAAUCAGCACUUCAGAGCAAACUGACAAAUCUCAAGAUUCUAUUACUAUUACCCCUCCUGUGAUACCAGUAGGUGCACAAGGGGUGGAUGCCAAAUUGUUAGAUGCCAAACUUUCCCAGAUCACAGUCAACCUGAAUCAGAGGAUAGAACAGAUCAUAGCAGCAAGAAGCAGCGAACAGCCCAAGGGUCUCUCAGCUAUAGAAAUAGAGGCUUUAGUGAAAGAGAUUGUUAGAACUGAAUGGAGUGUGUUAGCUGGCGGGUUAGCUGCUGGGAUGGCUAGUGAGGAAAAGAAAGCUGCUGAGACACAGGGAGCAGCAUUUGCAGGUCAAGAUGCCAAAAUUGCUGCUUUGCAGAGUGAACUUCAAGGAGUCAUUGGAAAAGCUGAAGGGUUGUCUGCAGAACUAGCUGCUGCCGUGGCCGCCAUGAAAAUACAAGGGGAGGAAGACAGAACAACCAACUCUGGCAAUAUUCUAAAAUUGGAGGCCUCACUGGCAGGUUUGAAGGCAGAUAUAGCUAGGCUACAGGCAGAACAAGCCACUCAGGGGGCCCUGUUAGCUGCGGUGAAAGACUGUUGUAAGAAUGAAACUUUCCUGGGGGCUACAGUCAAGGAUCACAUUGCUGCAUACUUAGCUGGGAUGAUGGGAGGAGCAGCUGCUGGGUCUGGCACAGGAGGUAGUGGAUCUUCCUCCUCUGCCUUCACAUCCUGGUUGCAUAGCAACUUUGUCUCCAAGGAUGAUGUUGAUAAGAGGCUGGCUGCCCUUGCUGCUAUGGUGACUGAACGAGUGAUAGAGAGACAGAAUGCAGAGAAAGCAGGUGGCGCUGUUUAUGUGUCCACGCAUAAUAAUAAUACUAGUCUAACUCAAAAUGAUGUGAAACUAAUUAUCGCAGAAGCUCUUGCCAUAUAUGGUGCUGAUAGAACAGGAAUGGUGGACUAUGCAUUGGAAUCUGCAGGUGGGAGUAUAUUGAGCACCAGGUGUUCUGAGACAUACCAGAGGCGCACAGCACAGAUCAGUAUGUUUGGCAUCCCCCUGUGGUAUAAUAGCAACUCCCCAAGGACAGUCAUUCAACCUGAUGUACAUCCUGGACAAUGCUGGGCUUUUAAAGGUGAUAAAGGUUAUCUCGUGAUCCAGCUGUCGGGUGUUAUAAAGCCUUCGUCAUUUUCUCUUGAGCAUAUCCCCAAGUCUCUGUCUCCCAAUGGACAUAUUGAUAGUGCCCCACAGAACUUUACAGUCUGGGGUCUGAAGCAUGAGAAAGACAUUGAUGGCUUGUUACUAGGCAACUAUACAUAUGAUGAUAAUGGUCCAUCUUUACAGAACUUCCCAGUUGAGGUGCAAGAUCCAGAUGGUUACCUGUUUGUUGAGUUGAAAAUAGAGAGCAAUUGGGGCAAUGAAGAGUACACAUGUAUCUACAGAUUCAGGGUACAUGGUGAUCUAGAAAGCUGGUAUUGAAUCAUGAUAUCACAAAUGAUGUACAAUAAUAAUGACAUCACAGUAGGAGAAUGACAUCAUAGUUGGAUUUGAAUGAAGGAUUUGAAGGAGAUAUAAAUAAAACAUAAAAAUGUUUAGGUGUUCACCCAACAUGCUCAAGACAAUGAAUGUAUCAAAAACUGGCAUACAGAGUUCUGUUUGUCUAGGAAUGUCUACAAUGAUAUAAUUGCUUUGCGGUACAAGACCCCUGUCCCCUGGAUAUGAAUACAAUAUCAGUCAUCCCAAGAUGGAUAAAUAUUACAAAAAAACUUUAAAAGCUGCUUUCGGCAGGACUUGGCUGAGAUCAAAUAUGUGUGUUCCGGUAAAUAAAAUGCAAUACAAAAUGAAAUUGACAAUAAUAAGUCACUUGAGAGGAUUCCAUUAUAUAAAUUGGUGAUGUAAAAUGCAUAGAUUUAGAAUGUGAUUGUGUUCAAAUUGUUAGUUCACAAUAUUGAUGGUAAGAGAAACUCCACUUGCUUUAUACACAUCAGAAUUCAGAUAUGCUUUUGAUGUAGCUUUAUAUCUACAUAUAGUUAAUACUAAGUAUAUUAAUUUAAAAGAUUAAUCAAAUUGAAUUUACUUUAGAUGUACUUCAUUACUAGAAUAUUAUAUUGUAGGCCUUCACCUGGGAAAAACUGGAGAAAUCCAAGCAAAUGAGAACACUUGCAUACAGUUGUUACCUCUUGUUAUGUAUUGGCUGGGAUGGGAGAUUAUAUUUUCUUUGCAAAUGCAUCUAUUCAAGUCCACUUAUAUGGACAAUCCAACAAAAAAUGUGAAUGUAGCAAUAUUUACAGCUGUUUAGUUUUUAGGAAUGAAAUUUAUUUCUAAAAUGUUAUUUAUUUAUAUUUAGGCUAGAUUAGUUAAAAUGCCAAGGUGCCAUAAGUCUUUAAUGUAUGUCUAUGAGGGAAAUAUCAAAACAUGAGAAGUUUAAUGUUAUAUAAAUAUUGUAAUAUACAUUAAUGUAGAUAGUGUACAGUUUUAUACAGAGAUAUAUCAUCUAUAUUAUGUUGUAUGAGGGCUGUUCCAGAAUGUCUGGGAAAUUAUGGUCAUCAUAAGUGAACAUUGUUGUUGUUUAAUAUUAUCAGCGAAGAAUAUUUAGUCAUGUACAGCUUCAAUGCAUUUAUUUAACAUUCAAUGUCUUAGAAAUGAAAUGCGUAUUUAUUUAGAUUAAUAGCUAUUUGGCCAGUCAGCUAUAAUGUGCAGAACUUGGUUGUGGGCUUCUAUAUUACCCAUUCACUUACUUCUAUAUAUUCUGUUAGAUUUGAGAAAAUUAUGUUAUAUAGGCCUAUACAAUUUAUUUUGUACUACAAUUUGUCAUAACUGCAUAUAUGUAAUAUUGCUUGUGUUAAUGAUGGAAUUGCUAGAUGAACCCAUGCUUCAAAUAUAUUGUUAUAGCAGAAACCUCAAUAGGUCUAUUUUGAUGAUUUGCAUUCACUAUGCACAAUAUCCCACCAGGUUCAUAACAUAGUUGUGAGACACCAUUUUGAAGAUGUAGUUCCUUCUAUGAAAUAAUGGAAAAAGGUAUCAUUUUCAUCCUGGAUUUAACAGCUAGGAAAUACAAUAAAGACGAAUUAAUUUGUAUUUUCAAGAUGCAUCAUCUUUAUUGGUUUAUUAUUAUUAUUAAAUAAAUAAUUUAACGCCAUAAUUAUUUACAGACUAGCUACAUGUGUAUUUAAUUCAGUUUUCUAAUAAUAAAUAU